ACCAUUAGCUGCACGCGUAUAUUGUUAGACUUUCUGUACAGAAUCCUUGCUUGUGCACCAUCGUGCCGCACUGUAAGCAUUGCACCUUACAAUUGUUAACCUUUAAGGUAUGCAAGCUUGAGAGUGUAGAACUGCAUCCUACCGUACCAGUCCUGUCAUCCGGCUUGCAGCAGCCAAUCCUAUUGCAUCCAUCCGAACGCCGACCAAAACAGCAAGUCCCACGCGAGUUGUUUAGCGAGCCACAUAUUAGGAGCGGAAGAACCGACAAACCAUCCGCCAGCCAUGGCGGCCGAACCCGGAACAGCGUUGGUGUGCCCUGGGGACCGGCUAGGGACAACGGACGCCUUCUGUCCGGGAGAGGGCGUGUACGUGCGCGACGGCUUCCUGCUGGCGGCGGUGGUGGGGCGGCAGCGACUGGAGGCGCCCGCGGAGCAGGGAGGGAGGCCGGUGCUGCAUGUGGCAGGCCGGGGCGGCGCACCUCUGGUUCCCAAGCCGGGGGACGUGGUGACGGUCAAGAUCAGCAGAGUGGGUCAGACCGCCUGCCAGGCGCUCAUCAUGUGUGUUGGGCGGCAGGCGCUGAGCACGGAGUUCAAGGGGGUCAUACGGCAGCAGGAUGUGCGGUCCACUGAGAUCGACAAGGUGGUGAUGUACGACUGCUUCCGACCGGGGGACAUCGUACGAGCGGAGGUUGUCAGCCUGGGCGACGCGCGCUCCUACUACCUGAGCACCGCCAAGAACGAGCUGGGAGUGGUGUACGCCCGGAGCGCGGCGGCAGGCGCCCCCAUGCUGCCCGCUAGCUGGGUCACCAUGCAGUGCCCGGAGACGCAAACGGUGGAGAAGCGCAAGGUGGCGAGACUGGCGGUGGUGGCAGGGCAGGCGUGAAGGAGAACAGUCAUUGUAACGCAUGAUUGCUAACAAGCGGAUCUAAGAGUGGAUGUUCAGUCGUGGUGGUCAGGUAUCCUACGGUAUCGCAGCUGGACGCCUACGAAUGCUGGAUGGAUAGUUAAUGUGACAAUCUUUGGACGAGACGUCAUACCUAAGAGUUGUCGCUGCCGCGAAGUCAGUCAACUCACGGAUGUCGAGAAGGCACGCUUCGGUUACAGGGUGCAGUGCUUUUUAUUGGGCCCACAUGGCCGAUAUCCGAGCAACGACACGCGCCAGGUAUAAGACGUUCUUGCGCACUGGAGGAUGUGCGCACACUGGUGGAGGAGACACGCAGACCGCGCCGCUUUAGGGCGUGUAAUGGUACAUGGACGGCGCUAAUCAAUACCCCCUGUAAGCAACUGCAAAGAGCAACCACCUAACGCACACAACACCCCUUAAAAUACCACCAGCCAUGCACCCCGACGUGCCCUUCUCCCGGAACCCCUGUGCGCACUUUCUAUGCUGAGUAUGCAACACAGUCGGCACGACUUACACCCACGUACCGAAUACACAAAAAGGAAAACAACACCAGCAUGAACACUAGCGCGUGCCUUACAGACGGACUGCAAGGUACAGGUCGAAAGCCAGGCGCUUCGUGCAGCAGCAGUACAAUGAUACCCUUACCUAGAGCCACACAGCCA